UAAUUUUUUAAUAACGACUCCAAAGAAAGUACUAUUUGACAAAGAAGUGUAUCACUAAAAUAGUUUUCAAACUUUAUUUUGUCAAAGAUGUUUUCUAUCCGGCGAAUAUUGUGCCUUCCCGAUGAGGAUGCACCACACAAAACGAAAACACAAACUGAGAUAUUAACUCAUUUUAUGGAGACUUCAACAACUCAUGGAUUAGGUAAUAUAUAUCAUGCUAAAAAGAUACUUAACCGAUUAUUUUGGAUAUUAGCCUUCUUGGCGUUUUUUAGUGUUCUAAUCUAUCAAAUUUACGUCUUGGGAGUAAAAUUCAACAGUCACGCUCAUGUCACACGUGUCUAUAACGAAGUUCAAGACAAUGGAAUACAAUUUCCCGCAGUAACCAUCUGUAACGCGAAUCCCUUUCCUAUUGAAAAGAUUACAGCAACUUUAUAUACAUUGUACCCCAAUGUAACGAAUUGGACAGAUUCUGUAUAUCAAGAAAAAAUUGAAGAUUUCAAGCUUCAAGCUUUAAAUUUUAAUCUUACACAACUCUCUUCGUUAGGUGUGGCGCCUGAAAAUUUGUUUAUUGCAAAUAGGUGUUUCUUUGCUAACAAAGCAUGUUCCUAUCCAAGUGAUUUCCGUCUAUACAGUAGUGCAAACGAUGGGAAUUGUUUCACAUUUAAUCAAAACGGUUCCCAUCGUCAACAUCGUCCUGGUGUUAAAUAUGGAUUGUCGGUUACUCUCAAUAUAAAUCAAAGUUCAUAUAGUACACAUUUGAUUUCCAAAAACAUUUUUCCUGUUGGUGCCUAUAUAUCAAUCCAUGAAGCUGGUAAGCUAGUAGACUUUACCAGUCGCGCAAUUCUUGUCGCUCCAAAUCAGCUAUCGCGAAUAUCUGUGAAAAAGAAGUCAAUACAACGAUUAAAAGACCCUUACCGCGAUAACUGCACAGAUGCUUUAAGUGAUACUGUUUCUUCAGCUGUUGGUGGCUACACUGUCGAUACCUGUCUUCUAUCAUGCUAUGUUCAGAAAUUAUUCGACUACUGCCAAGUUGUUGACGUACCAUCGGCUGUGGGGUGGUCAAACAUUUUGGGUAUCCGAUUACCACCCGCACGUACUCAAAAAGAUAUGUCAUGUUUGAACAAAUUUGACUCAAUCUAUAUUGAAGGAAAAGUCAAAUGUCACUGCAAUGCACCUUGCUAUGAGGAUAGCUACGAGAAAAGUGUAUCAACAGCAGCAUGGCCAACGAUUGUUGAGAGUGAUGAAUACAUACAAGCACUCAAACAAGAAAAUAAUAUCACUUUGACACGGGAUUAUAUUAUGAACAAUUUUCUUUCAGUUCAAGUUUACUAUGAUGAUUUCACUAUCGAAAAGACUGUGCAUGCACCUGAGUUUGAUAACAACAAGCUUUUUUCUGAGUUAGGAGGACUGCUAGGAUUGUGGAUUGGUGCUUCGUUUUUUUCACUUAUAGAAUUCGGAGGAAUGAUAUGGCAAGUUAUAACGAAUUAUUUAGCUAAAAAGAAAAACAAAGAGACAAAAAAGUAGGAGAGUUUCCUUGAUGUGUAACCAUUCCAUUUUAAGUACAAUUAAUGUAAAUAAAAAUUCUAUGAAGUGUCUACGUUCAGUCUAAUUUGUAUACAUCGCAAAUAGUACCAGUAUAUUUGCACGGGUUUGCCAGAUUCUAAAGUAAUUGUCAUUACACAUAA